GUCCACUCUUCUCCCCAUCAAACUCACAAUAACCAACAACCAACGACCUACUCUAUACCAACUGCUCAUCUCACCAGUGCUACACACUCCACACCCCGCGGAACAGACUUCACCAUCAUGGGUCUUGCUAGUAAGCUCGCAGCUGCCCAAGGCGGAGCUGCGCCGGUAUCGAACUUCACCCAGCAAGGAGCUGGAGCCGGAGCUGGACAAGGCGGCUACCCCGCACACCAGCAGGCGCCACCUGGACAGCAGCAAUACUCCGCCUACCGGCCACCGCAGGGCGGACCACCAUCCGGACCACCUCCACCACAAAAUUACCAGCAGGGCCCGCCUCCAGGACAAUAUGGAGCCCCCCCUCCGGGCCCUCCUCCGGGCCAGCAGCAACAAUACGGUGGCCAGGCCAGCUCUCACGACAUCCAAGGCUACCAGCGCGAGCUAGAGAAGGCCAUUCAAGAGAAGAACUUGCACAGAUUUUAUGGCCCAGGCACACAGGGCGCACAGAGAUUGCCUCAGAUCGCUCAGCGCGCGGCACAGUGCGUCGAUCGCCUCUGCCAGGCAUGGCGCAUCCAGAAAGAGAUUGCGAACGAUAUCGUCCGACUGGCUCUAUACGAUGUGGUGAUUUACGUUGAUGACUCUGGAUCCAUGUCCUUCGAGGAGAAUGGCGAGCGUAUCAAAGACUUGCAGCUUAUUCUGCAGCGAGCAUGCUUUGCAGCAACGCUUUUCGAUGAUGACGGAGUCGAUCUCCGCUUCAUGAACGAGGAUCUUCCACUGCAGCAAGUGUCCAACAUCCGUAGCGAGCAGCAAGUCGAGCAAAUUCUGGCAACCAAGCGGUACAAGGGCCUGACUCCUUUCGGAACCGAGUUGCGCAAGAAGGUCAUCGACCCCAUCCUGGUGCAGAAGUUGAACAGCGGUCAAAUGCAAAAGCCACUGCUGAUUAUCAGCAUCACUGAUGGUCAGCCAGCCGGCGAGAACCAGAACACUCUGAUAGAGACAGUGCAGUAUGCCGUUCAAGCCGCUCAACGAUCGCAGUACGGUACUGGUGCUGUGGCCUUCCAGUUUGCCCAGGUUGGAAACGAUCAGAAGGCUACCGAAUUCUUGGCCAAGCUCGAUAACGAUCCACAAGUUGGCAGAGAAGUAGACUGCACGUCCAACUACGAGAACGAGUCUGCCGAGAUGGCGCGAGCCGUUCCUCCAGUCGACUUGACGCCCGAUCUCUGGAUGAUAAAGCUCAUUCUGGGUGCAAUCGAUCCAAGCUAUGACACGAAGGACGAGAAGACGCAUAUGGCUCCGGGUGCAGGCGGCCCUCCGCCGGGUCAGUACAACCAGCAACAAGGAGGAUAUGGCCAGGGCUAUGGCCAGCAACCGGGCUAUGGCCAGUUUACCCAACAGCCAGGAGGAUACCCCCCACCACCUGGCCAGCAGCAAUAUGGCGCACCACCACCACAGCAGCAAUACGGCCAGCGACCACCGCAGCAGCAAGCCGUAUAUCCUGGACAGCAGCAAUACGGAGCCCCUCCACCUGGACCCCCUCGGUACUAGACGUUCUGAGUUUGUGAAUGCCUUUACGUACAUGAUGGGAAAACAUGCAUGCUUCCAGUAUGGUUGGAGAAGCAUCACGAGUAACACGGCCCUACCGUCUCCAAAGUGGAGACAACAGUAUCAGAAGCAAAUUAUGGCAGGAAAGGCUUCACAUCUCCUGCGGCGGCCUCAUCAUACAAUAUAAUGUGAUGCUGUCUCCAUCAUCAUCACACACCAUCUCCUUGACUAAUUGGAACCCCAUGCGUUCGUAUAUUGCCAUGUUGGGCUCAGCUCUGCUGGACUCCAGAUAGCAUUUACGGCCCUCGCGAUCAGCUUGAUCGGUAACAUGUCGAAAUAGUAGUUUCCCAAUUCCUUUGCCUUGAGCUUCAGGAAGAACUGUCACAAUGUUGCAGAAGUAAUAGCCUUGCUCGUCUGUCCACAGUUCGCUUUGAGCUGACGCUUGUGCUGCUUUCCAGAUGUAGUAUCGUUUCGUGUUCAAGCCACCACGGCCCAGCGAGAGGUUCAUCUUGACCUGCUCCCACCACAGCCACCAAUCCCCAAACCAGCUUUUCAAGGUCUGCGGCUCCUUGGCAUUCGAGGGUGGAAGCCAACAAGCCACUCCGAGAACUUUCCCCUCCGAAUCGGAGGUAUCUUUGGCUACGUGGAAGAGAGCAUGCUCUAUGCCCCAUUUGCAACGUAUGGAAAGGCUGUGGGUGUUUCGGGCGAGGGAGAAGUUCUCUCUGUGAAAGAUCCAG